CGCCCCAAGCCCUCGGGGGGUGGGGGGGGGGGGGGACAAAAGGAGAAACGGUCAACGAUGACGAGGAAUCAGGCACGGAUAUUAUGGCGAGGUCACGCAGAGGGAGAGGAGGUUACGGAGGACCGGAGAGCGGGGGACGACGACGACGACGACGGAGGAUGCAGAUGUGCAGCGCGGUGGGGAAGAGAGGCGCGAUGGGAGGAAAUACAACAAGCUAUUGUUUGGAGAAAGGACAGGAGUGGACCCAUGGUCAGGGCAGCCGCUGUAAGAUUGUGGUGGUCGGGGACACGCAAUGUGGGAAAACAGCACUGCUGCACGUUUUUGCCAAGGACUGCUAUCCAGAGAACUACGUGCCUACGGUGUUUGAAAACUACACAGCCAGCUUUGAGAUAGACAAGCACCGGAUUGAGCUGAACAUGUGGGACACGUCAGGUUCCUCUUAUUACGACAACGUGAGGCCGCUGGCGUACCCCGACUCGGAUGCAGUUCUCGUCUGUUUUGACAUCAGCCGCCCACAGACUUUGGACAGUGUCAUAAAGAAGUGGCAUGGGGAGACGCAGGAGUUUUGUCCCAAUGCCAAAGUGGUGCUGGUGGGCUGUAAGCUGGACAUGAGGACAGACGUCGGCACCCUGAGGGAGCUCUCCAAGCAGCGCCUCAUCCCCGUCACCCACGAGCAGGGCAGCACGAUAGCUCGUCAGAUGGGGGCGACGGCCUACGUCGAGUGCACAUCCAAGGUUUCGGAGAACAGCGUUCGGGACGUGUUCCACGUCACCACCGUGGCGUCGGUGCGGCGGCCCCACAAGCCGCAGCUGAAGCGCAGCAGUUCCCGCAGAGGCCUGAAGCGAGUGUCACACCUCGUCCUGCCACCUCUGCCGGGCCGGACUGAGCAAAUAGACGAGGCCCCGACCAUGAGGAAGGACCGGGCCAAGAGCUGUGUACUCAUGUAGAGACCCAUCACUAUAAAUAUAUAUAUAUAUAUAUACAUAUAUAUAUAUAUAUGUAUAUAUAUAUGUAUAUACAUGAACACAGAAAUAUAUAAACCAGAGGAAGUCUAUUUAUUGUUUUUUUUCGGUUGUUGUAGUUUUCCUUUCUUUUUUUGCACGGCAAGAGGAGCGAUGAAAAAAGACACACUGCGCCGUGGAAUGAAACGCUCUGGACUUUUGACAUGUUUUGUUGCGUGUGUGCUUAUAUUCUAAAGCUGUUUACAUAUGUGUGUUGUUUUUAAAAUGAUGGCAAAGUGGACUAACCCUCUGCACACAAGGAAGAUGUGAUAGUGGAAAUGCCGUCUAGUCCCGGGGUAUUAAAGAAAAGUGAAUUUCCAGAAAGUGCUCCGAUUGGAGGCUGCCACCGCGGUGACGCAGCAGUGGGAGGCGGGGGAGCUGUGAGGAGGAACGCGUUGAAGCUGGACGAUGGAGACAACGCUUGCCGUUGUCAGAGACAGUGCUGCUCCGGGAACACGAGCCCUAAUUAUCUUGCUGUGCUUGUCUGAAGUUGCUUCCUGUUGCCAUACUUGAGUAAUGCUGGGUGGUAGUGAUGAGAUGAAUGGUGGCUCAGGCCAAACACUGGGAGCUGGAAAUGAGAUUUCGUAACACUGAAAUAUAAUAACGGUGCAUUACCACCACAAGUGCAUUUAGAAGUCACAACAUAUCUGAUUUUAUUUCGCUCAUUUAAACACCAUUUUUCUCAACAACUCCAACUGUGUCCGUUUGAUUCGCUGAUGUUAAUGCUGUUGUAUCUAUUCUAGUUUAUAGAUGUUUCUUUGUGGAAAAUAAAUUGUUAAAUCUU